UUCCAGAGCAGUGGAAUGACUGUAAAUGACUUCGACGCCUUUGUGGUCUACAAUCCCGUAGGGACCGAUUUGGAGUUUGUUAAAUUGAUGGCGUCUGUGAUGGAAGCUCCACCCUACAACCUUAAACUUUUUAUCCCCUGGAGGGACUACGCCCAUGAAGACCACUACGUUUCGGCAGAUCUUAUCGAAAACAAAUGCCAAAAGUGUAUUGUUGUGCUGUCGGAUAAUUUUGCUGGAAGUCAGUCCGCAGAGUUUCAGCUGAAAUAUGCAACAUCCCUCUCACCAGCUAACCUACACAAUCGCGUGAUUCCCAUUUGCCUGGAUAGAUGCAAGAUUCCCGAGGUUUUACGAUAUGUGUGCACUCUUCAAUACUACAAAGAGGAUACCAGACCGUGGUUUUGGAAACGUCUGUACAAGGCAUUCACAAUCAACACAGGAGCGGAUCUAACACAAAAUUUAAAAGAGGGCGUUAAUCUUCCUGAUAUUGUUUUGGACACAUCUGCCCGUAUUUUUAAACUCCAAUGGACCCUGACAUAAUGAUAUACUAGUACACUGAAAUGGUUUUGAACUUGGGGUGGGGUUAUUGAGACGAUUCCUUUUAAACUUUUCAGAAUUAAGAACUAUGAGCAAGUUCUAAUUACUUGGAAAGGCUGCAUUUCAAAUAUUACUCAGGUAUAUGACAUGAAAAUCACCUCAGGACACAUUUUACAUGUAUUUGUUAUUUCAUAGUCUUUGUGAUAAAUAUGCAGUUUAAUGGCUGAUGUGUAUAUCAGGCUUUGAAUUGUAUUGCUUGCCGUC